CAAAUCCAUCUUCAUCCUCCUCUUCUCUAACGACUUUCCCACUUCUUCCCACCGUCUCCACCAUUCCUCUCUCUCUCUCUGUCUCUCUGUAGCUUUAUCCAUCAAUAUAUAUAUGGCUAGUUAUAUUGCAUGCAUUGUUGUCCUUAAAAGAGGUUGGCAUCGUUAAGCAUGGAGAGUAAGGAGAGCGUUGUCGUUCUGGGGAGAGCUGAGAUUGAUAUGAGUCGACCGUUUCGUUCCGUGAAGGAGGCCGUCAUGCUCUUCGGAGAAAAGGUCUUAGCCGGCGAGGUCUACGCCAACCGGCUUAAUGAGAUUCGAGCUGCAGAAAACAUGAAUGGGCAUGGAGCCUCACAACUGGGACCUGCAAUGGCAGAGCUAGAAGAAACAAAGCAGAACCUCGAGCAGGCACUUGAAGAAAGGCUCAAGAUGGUGAGCUGCCUCACCUCCCUGGGAGAAGAGCUUGAGCAGACUAAGAUAGAGCUCAGCCAAUUGAAAGCUAGAGAAACUCAGAAACAUGCCAUAGAUUCGGAGAGCGAGGACGUAAAGUUUGUUGAGAAUGCAACAGAGAUUGAAAUUGAGACACCAACAAUGAACAAAGGGUUAGAGUUCCAAAAGAAAAGAUACGUUACAUUCGCCAACGCUCCUUCCCUAGCCCAAGCCAUAAACACAGAGGAGCAAGUGUUGGAAAGGCAAAUUUCGGUGGAGAAGGAAACCAUGCCAAUGAAAAAGAAAAAGAAGCCAAUGAUCCCAUUGAUAGGAGCAAUUUUCAGUAAGAAGAAGAGUUGUCAAGACGGUGCAUCGCCUAAGGCUCGUGGUCCAUAAGAAAAUAAUAUAAGGGGUUUGAUAUGCAUAUCUGUGCCUAAAUAAUCAGAGGAUAGCUUCAUCUUUUUCCUGAUUUUUUUUUUUUGUCAUAUAUUUCCAGUAUCUUCAGAUACUUCUUCUUUUUUUUUUUGAUUUGGAUACUAUUUGAAUGGUAAGUGAUAGCAUUUUUGACAAUAAUAGUAUGGGUGGAUAUUAUCAUGUUAUUGACUAUAGUAGAGUGAUAUCAUACAAAAUAAGCAAGGAUCUGUUUAUCAUUCAA